GGAGAGAAGUUGUGUGAGGAGCCGAGGGUGCAGCCUGGCCCCAUGGGGAAGGAAGGCUGGUGCCUGCAGGGACCUGGGAGACGUGGCAGUUCCUGCAGGGGGUGGGGACAAGGCGUCGGGCCCACCAUUAGCACCAUGCUCCUGGGGAUCCUCGUGGUGCUCUGCUUCAUCCCCACUGCUGAUGUAACAGAAAACAAGAUUUUAGUCUCUCAGCGCCCUUUGCUCACUGUAACUAACAAAACUGCAACUCUAGUCUGCAACUACACAUACAAUGGAACAGGGAAGGAAUUUCGAGCUUCGCUGCACAAAGGAACGGACAGUGCAGUUGAAGUUUGCUUUGUUUCAUGGAAUAUAACCAAAACUAGCAGUAAUUCAAAUAAAGAAUUCAACUGCCAGGGGAUUCAUGAUAAAGACAAAGUAAUCUUCAGUCUUUGGAAUAUGAGUGCCAGCCAAACUGACAUCUACUUCUGCAAAAUUGAGGUCAUGUAUCCACCCCCAUAUGUCUACAAUGAGAAGAGCAAUGGGACCAUCAUUCACGUGAAAGAGACACCCAUCCAAAUACAGCCUCAGUCUGAAAUUCCUUUGUGGAUUAUGGUGGCAGUGACUGGAGUUCUUGCUUUCUACAGUAUGCUAAUAACAGCAGUUUUUAUUAACUAUUGGUUUUCCCACUUCUCUUCCCCCUUCUCCCACAGCAAAAAUCCAAAAAGAAUAUGUACCACCAGAGUGACUACAUGAACAUGACACCCCGGCACCCACCAUACCAGAAGAACAAAGGUUACCCAUCCUAUGCGCCAACACGAGACUACACCGCAUAUCGGUCCUGGCAGCCGUGAUACCCACCAGCUGACCCACCAGUAGCCUCGUGUGCAUCUAGGCAGACACUUGCUCUUGGGCAUGGAAGGACAGCUGCUCAUUUUCUCAUCAUGUUUGUUGUUAUUGACCAUGGAAACCUACACCAUAGCAAGUAUUGGCUAAACUUUGAUAUAAUAUACUAAAAGAAAAAACAAACAAACAUAAAAAAGCGGGAAAAGGGGGGGUGGGGGAGAGGGAAGUAAAAAAGGAUUGUUCUACAUGACAAGCAAAAAUGUGAUACAACUUGUGUUGAGGGUUGUCAGUGGGUAAGACAGAAAGAUGGCAUCAGACCUCAGAGCGGAUCUCCUCCUAACACUUGUGGUUUUGCUCAGCUGUUGGGAGAACCAGAACUUCUGACCUUUCCCAAUAACUGCUGCCUUAGAUUUAACCCUUAAUUUCCUUUCCUGUGUGUUUAAUCCUCAGAAACCCUUGCUGCUGUUAAAUGUGGCAAAAUGUAAAAAAAAAGGUAAUGUUCUCUUCCCUACAAGAUCAGGGCACAGUUUGAAGUUCAAAACACAUGCUUGAAAGAAAGAUGGAAAAGUCAGCCGGAAGGUAUCCAAGCUAUUAGGCUAUGGCACCAAUGGGCUGCCAGGACAAAUCAAGCUGAUUGAUAGAAAACUACUAAACCUUCAACAUGUGAGUCCUUAUGCUGGACACUUUGUAAAUCAUUUGAAGUCACGAACAAGCAACUCCACAGAGUGAGAAAGUAAUCAACCUGAAGACAAAAUCAAGACAAGCAGGAGAGGAAGUAAGAUCUGUUGUUGUCAUGAAGAACCCCAUUUCUGUUUUGUUUGCCUCCUACAGUGAGGGAACAUAAGUCAUAUGGGAAGCAUUAGAAGACAUAGAGGUCAGAUUUUGAGGAGAGCUUUACUUUAAUCUUUGAAAUUUUUUUCUAUCCAAAAGGCGUUCUGCUGAGUCCUCCUGAAAAUUCAUGCACAUCUUCUGGCACCUAGGUUGUACCAGAGCUCUUUUGAAAAUCUGGGUCCAGUUAUGAGCAACUAGAGAUCGCUUGAAUUUUUUUUCCCAUAAGCACCCAAUUUUGGGGGUGUGAGAGGGUCCUUCAUUCCUACCAAGGUGAAUUGGAUCUGCAAGUGCUCAGCUGCCUGGAAGGACUGCUCUGGGCACUUCAAGGAACUUUGUGUUGACUGGAGGUUACCUUUCUAUCUAAAGAUGUUCUUCAGGAAUGCUCCAUGCCGGAGAAGGACAAAGACUUCAGCAAAACCUGCUUCAUUCUUUCAAUUAAGCAUGUUUACAUUAACAAGACAUCCUAAACUGUAAUUGGGGUUGUCUUGGCAUAAAAUCUCUUUUCAUACUAAGGAGAAUGAGGUUUAUUUUAUAGAGACUACUGAAUAAACAAUUAAAUGACAAAUAAAUCCAUAUUCCCGCCUUGAAAUAAGAUGUGGAUGUACAACACUUACUUUCCUUUAAAUUGGGUUAAGACUAUUCUUUCUCUCUUUGAGGGUACAUGACAAAAAUAGAGACGCGGAAGUGUGUCAACAAUCUGCUUUGACAUCUUAACCCAAGAAAAAAACUUUGGCAGUUCCAAACUGGAAGUUUUAUUUGAGUUUGCUGACUGAGCCCCACACCAUUCCUUCUGAGUCAUAUCGCCAUGGACCGUGUUCCUGGAGGGUGCUGUGCCACCUCUGAGCAGCAGUGAGGUGCCUGCUGUUCCCCCAGCCGGGCACAGCUCUGCCAGGGCAGGGCC